UGCAUAUCAUCCUCGCUUUGAAAAGAGAAAAGCGGCGAGUCACCAAUCUAUUCUUAUUACACUCACAAUCUGGGUUCCUCAAUUCGUUGAACACGGCGCAGCUAAGAAGCAUCUUGCCUUACAUUACCAGUUGACCACCAGAAAGGAUU